AUGAGAGAUUUGGAAAUCCUACCGAAAGGAUUCCGAUACAAUGGCCACCAACAUUUGGAUAAAGGAGAUGAUGGGCGAUAUCAACAGCUAAACAAGGGAGAAGAUGUGGAGAUGUUGAAUGCCGUCACUUCUGACAUAAACACGUCAACCGUCGAACAGCAAACGAUCGAGGAGAUUGUGCGUUCUGCCAUUCAAACAGCUUUCCCUGAGCCGGUUGAUCUCAAAAGCGAAACCAUCGAGGAAAGAAUCGCCCCUCGAAAAGGCGAUGAGGACGAUUCGGGAACUCAAAGCCGAACAGGAGCGAGAAAGAGCGGGCAAACAGAAAAAAAAUUCGAGAACUCGAAGCAGAAGUGGACUCUCGAGCCUGAGAUCGCUGGUCACCAUCGGUUCAACGAUCGAUAUGAUAUUGAAAAGCUCAAAUCAGCACUCUAUUAUUUGAUCUAUUUUGUCGAUUGUAAACUU